AUGGAGACAGUUGUUGACAUAAGUGGGUGUGCCAAGGAGGAUGUUGUUAAGUUUGUAUCCCAAUCGUUCAAAGGUGAUGCCCUAGUUUGGUGGAGGGCACUAAUACAAGCCUCGGGGAAGAUUCCACAUUACAAUCUAACAUGGGAUAAGUUUGUUGAAUUGAUGAGAGAAACUUUCUGCCCACAACAUGAAGUUGAGAAAGUUGAACCUGAUUUCCUGACCCUGGGUGGCUUGGCCCCUGAGGUAAAAGGACAUGUUAAGGCCUCAAAGCCUGCCACUUACCGGUCAGCAGUGAAUCUGUCUCUAUCUCUAACACUGGAUAUUGUCAAAAGUAGGUCUGUAAAGACUACAGAUGAAGGUAAGAGAAAGAGAGAAGAUGAUAACUCGCAUCGCUCAGAUAAGAAAAAGAAGGGUAACUCUGGGUUCAAGAAAAACUCCAACCAGUCGGGUGAAAAGCCCUUAUGCAAGAACUGCAAGAGGAAUCACUUUGGGAAAUGCACUAUAGAUCCACAGGCCAAGCCCUGUGGAAUCUGUAAGAAGAAGGGACACAAAACAUUGGAGUGUAAUGAUCUGAAGAAUGCAACUUGUUAUGGUUGCAAUGAAAAAGGGCACAUCAAGUCAAAUUGCCUGAAAAAUGCAAGGAAGCCCGAAGAGGCUAAGAAAACAAACGCCAGAGUGUUUCAAAUGAAUGCCAGGGAAGCGGUGCAAGAUGACAAAGUUAUAACAGGUGCAGAUAAGUCCUUUGUAGACACUAAAUUUAGUAAAUUGUUAAAUCUUCCUAUUAAAACUCUAGACAUUAAAUAUGAGAUAGAACUAGCUGAAGGGUUUGAUAUAGUUAGGCAUGGAUUGGUUAUCACUUAA